UUGUGUUAAAGGUGGAUAUUUCCUGUCAUUGUUGGGUGAAAAUAAACACAAAGAGUUUCUAAAGAGCAGUUCCUGAAGGGGACACACACGAUGCAGAACUGCUAGCUCCUCUCAGUAGCUCGAUUCAAUCAGCUGCACACUGUUUAAUAUUAUGGAAGCUAGCACAUGUUAGCUGACAACGAGCUAGUUAACAUAAAUAAGAUUCACUGAUUAGUCAAUGGUAUCAUGAAGUCUUUCACCUGGAUGAAAUCAAACCCAGUGUACAGGACUAAAAAGUGUCAUUUCAUAGGAAACUGACUGAUGCAAACAGCAGAUGUGGUAUAGGAUGCAGUUUAACACUUAAAUAAAUAUCAUUGUACUGCCCACGCCUUCAUGGUCACAGACGUGUGGCCAUCUUAUCUUUGUGUCACUGGCUUCCUGUUAAAAAAAACGAUCUGUGCAAACUCCCACCAAAAAAGAACUUCAAAAAGGAAACUGACACUUACAGUGACACUUGAGCUCUUGCGCACCUUCCUGCAAACCGCACUUCAAACUCCAACCUGCAGUUGAGCUGACAGCGAUGAAUCCUGUAGGCCCCCCGGCUGACACUGUUCCGAUGCAGGGCAGGUAUGAUGGGGCCCCUGGACAGCCUGGAUCAGCCACAGUGGUUCAGUACACCACUGUGAACAUCAACUCUGAGCCCCCCAGGGACCACAUCCUCUGGUCCCUGUGCUGCUUUGUCUACUCAAACCCCUGUUGCCUCGGACUGGCGGCUCUCAUCUUCUCUAUCAAGGCCAGAGACCGGAAGGUGGUUGGAGAUCUGGAUGGUGCCCGACACUACGCCUCCACCGCCCGCUGCCUCAACAUCUGGGCCACAGUCCUGGGAUCCAUCAUCACCUUCAUUUGCUUUAUUGUGAUCAUCGUCAUGGUUGUACAGGCACAAAAUGCAUACAGAUACGCAUUGAAUCGCAAUUCCAAUUUUUUCAAUUGAAACAGUGUCCAGGCUGACUGCUGCUAUGGCUUGGUGAUAGAGUCUUUCUCUGCUUAAUGCAAAUGGCACAAUUUGUAUCCAGACUUUAUUAAUAAGCUCAGGCGAGGCCUCUGUCUUCACAAAGAGAACAGUUAAUAAGUCAAUAAAAGUGUUUGCUUCA